GCGAUAGGCGCGCCUACGACGCCAUCCUGCCUGCCUCAGCUGCGUAGCUUGUUAGUCGGCCGUCGGUUAAGCGCUUCCUUGUUCUUUGUGGGGAGUUCCGCGCAGCCGUUUGGGCCGAUCGCCUGGGGAAGUGGGUGAGGUGUUACCGCAAAAUGGACUGGGCUGGGAAACAUAAUGGUCCAAAUGAUUCAUCUAGUGAUGGAACAGUACGAUUGCGUGGUCUGCCAUUUGGCUGCAGCAAGGAGGAGAUCGUUCAGUUCUUUCAAGGGUUGGAAAUCGUGCCAAAUGGGAUAACAUUGACGCUGGACUACCAGGGGAGAAGCACAGGGGAGGCCUUCGUGCAGUUUGCUUCAAAGGAGAUAGCAGAAAAAGCUCUGGGGAAACACAAGGAAAGAAUAGGGCACAGAUAUAUUGAGAUCUUCAAAAGUAGUAGGAGUGAAAUCCGAGGAUUCUAUGAUCCACCCCGAAGAAUGAUGGGACAGCGACCCGGACCAUAUGAUAGACCAAUGGGAGGAAGAGGGGGUUAUUAUGGAGCUGGGCGUGGAAGUAUGUAUGACAGAGUCCAUCGAGGAGAUGGUGGAUAUGACGGUGGAUAUGGUGGCUUUGAUGAGUAUGGUGGCUAUAACAAUUAUGCCUAUGGAAAUGAUGGCUAUGAUGACAGAAUGAGAGAUGGGAGAGGAAUGGGAGGCCAUGGCUAUGGCGGAGCAGGAGAUGCAAGUUCAGGUUUCCAGGGUGGUCAUUUUGUUCACAUGAGAGGUUUGCCUUUUCGAGCCACUGAAAAUGAUAUUGCUAAUUUUUUCUCACCACUGACUCCUAUAAGGGUUCAUAUUGACAUUGGAGCAGAUGGAAGAGCAACUGGAGAGGCUGAUGUGGAAUUUGUGACACAUGAAGAUGCAGUGGCUGCCAUGUCUAAAGAUAAAAACCAUAUGCAGCAUCGAUACAUCGAGCUAUUCCUCAAUUCAACUGCUGGAGGCGCUUCUGGAAUGGGCGGCUUUGGCAGAGAUGCCAUGGAGCAAGGCGGUUAUGGUUCCGUUGGAAGAAUGGGAAUGGGCAGCAGUUACACUGGAGGAUAUGGUACUCCUGAUGGAUUGGGUGGCUAUGGUCCAUCAGAGGCAGCCUUCAAAUAUUGAAAAUAAAAGGGUAGUUAUAUAUACCCCAACAUUUAAAACCUUGGAUGUUUACAAUACUCGUGGGAAUGGAAAUGCUGCUGGGAGGAAGUGUCACACUAAUGUUUGAAGAGACAAAGAUCCUGAGCCUGUGGAUGGUGUCAAAGAGAAAAACUAUGAGGAGGACAGUUCCUAUUAACAAACUGGAAACAUCAUUCUUAGCAACUCAGGAAUAUAGUGCAAGAAACUAGCAGCACUGAGCAACAAUUGCUGUUUUAGACAUGAAGUUUGGAUGCUGCCUGCUGACAAUUCAAAUGAAAAAUGACAAUAGUUAAAUACCAUUUCCUAAUUAGAAAACUGGCUAUAUGAAAAUGGCGAUUAAAAAAGUUGACUCUUCCUCUGAUCAAUAAAAAAAGCUCAGAAUAUUUUUUUGGGGGGGAGGGCAGGGAAGAAACUUGUUUUUCUUUUCACAGGAAAUCUUACAAAGAAAUUCUGGAUUUUGAAAGCGAUGUAUUUCUCUUAAGACCAUAACACCUAACAUGGUUACCACACAUAAUCUUUCCUUUUAUCCAGUGUCACUUUACAAGGUAUCUGAAACCUAGCAUUCCUUUAAAUGAUUCUAAUUCGUUGGUAGUUUGAUCUGAAGGGAAAUGAGAGACCUGGCUUUGCUUUUAGAAUUUGUAUAUUCAUUAUUCCUAUAAUAUUUUAUGAAUUUAUUUCUUUACUCCUUUUGUUAUUUAAGUAAGUACUUGUUCGUUUUUGUGAUGACAAACUGCUGGAGAUUCUGGUCACCUUAAUACUUAAAUUGUAAUUUAGGAUUCAGACACCUAAAGAAUUCAAAAUGACAGCUCAGUUACAUCAAGAUGUGAAAUAAAAGUAUCUUAUUGUCUGUUUUAGAGCACAAUCUUAAUUGUGGGACUGUUCAGUAGACCAGUUAUUGUGCAGGUAGGAAUAAAAACUAAGCAAAGGUGGUUUAGUGUUUUCAAAGUAAUUUUUUCUUAGGCCCUAUUUUUGUUGUUUCUUUAUAAUAUGUAUCAAUAAACUAAUUCAUUUCAGUUCUGAAA